UCAUAAAUAAAUAGAACAAUGGCCUAUGACAAUCAUGAAAUAGAAAAAAAAAAUAAGCAAAAUCAAUUAAAUUAUUUAAGAGAAAAUUAAAAGAUUUAUCAUUAUAAAGCAACAUAAAACUAUAUAAUAUAUGAGAAUAAUUGUUUUGGUCAUUAACUGCAAUCAAACAAAAUUAAAUUCCAAAUAAAUAUUUAAAAUAUAAAGUUCUAAAAAUAGACUGUAGAUUAAAAAAAUUAAUACUAUCAUGUGUUUAAUUAAGAAACGAUGACUAACAGCAUCCAUGAAUUCAUGAUACUUCUGAAGAUGACAUCAUCAAGUAUCUUACAAGGCUCCAAAAUCAGUUGUCUCCUCCCAAUUUUAGGAGAUAUAAACAACAGAGUAGGAAAAAAGUAAUUAAACUUAUCUCAAGCACAUGGGUCUGAAUGAAAGCAGCUUGUGUCAAGAUAAGAUAAACAGUUUAUUUUAAAAUAACCUAAUGCUGAGUUCUCAUAACAAAAUUACAGAAUGUACAGCCACAAAGGUAUAGUGAAUAUGGAUAGAUCUAUGAUCAAUUAAAGCUUCUCUUGGUGAUAAGAUUGACCAGAUCAGCCAUCUGUGGCUUUUAACACAUAAUAAACAAAACAAAAAAAAUACAAUUAACAUUGCAGCUUUCAUUUUAAAUACAUAUUUGAUUAAAAGUACUGAUUUAUCAUCAAUAAUUUUAUUUUGGAACAAUUAUUAGUAAACAGAGUUUCUAUUUUGGAAGCUUACUAAUGCCCUACUUUAUUAAUAUAGCCACAAUAAAUGAAGACAUAAGUAGUGCAACAUCUAACAGUAGUAGGCAUUAAUAGAUUUUAAAAGUUAAUAAUUUUUAAACUUUGAUAAAGAUGGAAACAUUAAUUUCUGCUUAGAACAAUAAUUAAAUAAAUGCAGUCAUACAACUAAUUAAAUAACAAAGGCUUUUAUGAAAGAAGAUUUUGAUGUUAAAUAGUAAAAGUUACAAAGUAAAUAAUGGAAAUAACUUAUUUAUCAUUGUUUAUUGAAUCAUCUUAAACUUAAAACCCAGCACUUGUACAUCACAUCUGACCCAAAACUAAAACAUGAGAAUAAAAUAAUUCUUUUAAAAGUUUAUUAUCCUUACAUAGAUUCUCCAGAAGAACCAUUUAAAGAAAUAUGCUGGGCAACAGAAAAUCCAAAGCUUCUAUUUGUUGGAUGCUCAUUCUGGUUCAUAUUAUCAAAGUCUUGAAAUGGAAAAGAAUGGAUUUCUUCACCGCGUAGCUAGAAAUAUAUUAAUAAAUGAUUUAACACCCCAGUAUUCAUGAGUCAUGUGUGAGAGAGAUACCAGAGAGGAAGUGUUUUACAAAUUACAUAUAUUUAAAAUGGAAAAUGUUAUGGUAAUUGGAAGUGGAGGCAGAGAACAUGCUGUAUGUUGGAAACUUUCAGAAUCUCCAAAGGUAAAUCGAAUUCUUUCAUGCCCUGGAAGCCAUGGUAUAGGCCAAUUGAAGAAGGUUCAAAAUAUAUCUCUGGAUGUAAAUGAUCAUGAGGUGCUUAUUAAAUGUUGUAAAGAAAAUGACAUUAAAAUGGUCGUUGUGGGCCCUGAAGUUCCUCUUGCCAAUGGCAUAGCUGAUACUCUGCAGAAGUCAGGAAUUAAUUGUUUUGGUCCAAAAGCCAGUGCUGCUCAAAUUGAGGCAGAUAAGAAGUGGUCAAAAAAUUUCAUGGUUAGACAUAAUAUCCCAACUGCUAAGUUUGCAUCUUUUGAUAAUUCAGAUGAAGCAAAAAAGUUUAUUGAAAGUGCAACAAUCAAUGCAUUAGUCGUAAAAGCCAGUGGAUUGGCAGCAGGUAAAGGUGUAGUAGUUGCAACUGAUGUCGAUGAAGCUCUCUCUGCUGUUGACAUGAUGAUGAGGGAUAACAAAUUAGGAAGUGCUGGUGAUAUCAUUGUUGUUGAAGAAUUACUUGAAGGAGAAGAAAUAUCUGUCCUAGGUUUUAGUGAUGGCAAAACGGUUAAAAUAAUGCUUCCUGCACAAGAUCAUAAAAGAGUUUUCAAUGGAGACAAUGGUCCAAAUACAGGAGGAAUGGGAGCUUAUUGCCCUUGUCCACUCAUUGAUGAAGAACAACUUGAAUGGGUCAGAGAAAAUAUACUUCAAAAAACUGUUGAUGGAAUGAAGGAAGAUGAUCGUCCAUUUGUUGGUGUACUGUAUGCUGGUCUAAUGAUUACAAAAGAUGGGAUUAAAGUUUUAGAAUUCAAUUGUAGAUUUGGUGAUCCAGAAGCUGAAGUUAUUUUGCCUCUUCUGGAGACUGACCUUUAUGUAGUUAUGAAGGCAUGUUGUGAAGGUUCUCUUGAACACAUCAAUUUAGAAUGGUCUAAAGGAGUUUGUACUGUUGGAGUGGUAAUGUGUAGCCGUGGUUAUCCAGAAACAGCAAGUAAAGGAGAUAUUAUCAAAGGAAUGGAUAUAAACCGUGAUCCAGGAAUUAUGACCUUCCAUUGUGGAAUAACAAAAAAGGGAAAUGAUCUAGUUACAAAUGGUGGUAGAGUUCUCAUUAAUGUCUGCAUCUCUAACAGUCUUAUCACUGCUGCUGCAAAGGCUACUGGUGCUUGUAAAAAUAUCAAAUUUGAUGGGUGCCAUUUUAGGAAAGACAUUGCUCACAAAGCAAUACCAAGGUGGUUAAUGAGUAAAGGUUGUUUGAGCUAUAAGGCAAGUGGUGUUGACAUAAAAGCUGGUGAUGACUUAGUUAGUGCCAUUAGUCCAGCAUGCAAGCAGACUAUGCGAUCUGGAGUAAUUUCAUCUCUUGGUGGUUUUGGGGCUUUAUUUGACUUAGUAUCAAUAGGUUUCAAAAAUCCUGUUCUUGUUUCUGGCACAGAUGGGGUUGGAACAAAGCUUAAAAUUGCGAAAGCUUGCAAAAUUCAUACCUCUAUUGGAAUAGAUUUAGUUGCCAUGUGCGUAAAUGAUAUUUUAUGUCAUGGUGCAGAACCCCUUUUCUUCUUAGACUACUUUGCCUGUGGUAAAUUGGAUGUUGAGCGAGGCAGAGAAGUGAUUUGCAGCAUUGCUAAAGCUUGUAAGGCGGCAGGCUGUGCUCUCAUUGGUGGUGAAACUGCUGAAAUGCCAGGAUUGUACAAAGAUGGUGACUAUGACCUUGCUGGGUUUGCUGUUGGAGCAGUCGAGAAAGAUCAGCAGCUUCCUCGUGUUAAAGACCUGAGUCCUGGGGAUGUUGUUAUUGGACUAUCAAGUUCUGGACUUCAUAGUAAUGGCUUCAGUUUGGUUAGAAAAGUAAUGUCUAAUCUCAAGUUGGAUUAUGAUGAUGACAGCCCAUUUUCUGAUGGAACCAUUGGAGAAGAAUUACUUACCCCUACUGCCAUUUAUGUUUCACAAUUGUUACCUAUUUUAAAGAAAGGUUUAGUGAAAUCUUUAGCUCACAUCACUGGAGGAGGACUUCUAGAAAAUAUUCCAAGGGUAUUACGGGAUGAUUUAAAAGUAGUUCUAGAUGCAAAAAAAUGGAUGAUUCCCAAAGUUUAUCCUUGGCUUGCUGCAUCUGGUGGUAUCAAUGAAAGAGAAUUGCUAAGGACUUUUAAUUGUGGAGUUGGAAUGGUUUUGAUAGUCAGUGAAGAGUACAAAAGAAUUGUUGUGAAUGAAGUACCUAAUAGUUCAGUUAUAGGAGAAGUUCAAGUUAGAAAAGAAGGUGAGGAACAAGUUUAUGUUGAAAAUUUUACUGAAGCAAUAACUCCAAUGAUGAAACCAUAUGUGAAAUAUAUUGUCAAGCGAGCUGCGAAUGUUAAGAGAAUAGGAGUUUUGAUUUCUGGAAAUGGAACAAAUUUACAGGCCAUGAUCAAUAACAUCCAAGCAGGAAACAUUGAAGGAGAAAUUGUUGUAGUUAUAAGCAACAAAGCAAAAGUACAAGGUCUUGAACGGGCUGAGAAAGCCGGUAUACCUACAAAGGUAAUUCCUCAUGGAGAUUAUCAAAGCCGUCAACAAUUUGAAGAAGCUAUUCAGGAAGAAUUAAUUUCCAAGAGGGUUGAACUUGUUGUCCUUGCAGGAUUCAUGAGGGUCUUAACUGAAUACUUUGUUUCUCGUUGGCGAGGAGCACUUAUUAAUAUUCACCCAGCUCUUUUACCUUCUUUCAAAGGGGUUAAUGCCUGGCAACAAGCACUUGAUGCUGGUGUUAGAAUUAGUGGAUGUACUGUUCACUUUGUUGAGGUCGAUAUCGAUGCAGGUGCCAUAAUUACCCAAGAAGCUGUCAAUGUUGACAUGAAGGAAACAUUAGCUUCACUUCAAGAUAAAAUUAGAUCAGCAGAACAAAGAGCUCUUCCAAAAGCAGUACAACUAAUUUGCUCAGGCAAAUGUCGCCUUGAUGUUAAGACUGGAAAAAUCAUUUGGAAAUAGUUUACUGUAAAUCUUUCAAGUGAAUAUUUUGUACAAAAAGAAAUUAUUUUUAAACUAAUUUUUUGUAAAUUGUUUGUUUUAUUUAUUACUCCUACUUUUAUAAACUUUUGUUUUCAAUUCCUUAUUUUUUCUUGUUAAUAAUAUAUUCAGAAUAUUCCAA